AUGUCGAAUUCCUCAUUCGACUCAUCUCGUCGAUCCGACGUGUUCGGGCGCCAACCAGAAGAGCUGCAUAUUCCAUCGACGGGGUUGGCCAAUUCAAGCUCGCGCCAGCAAUCAUCACACGAAUACCCCACCUCCCCAGAUGCAGGUGCAGCCCAUGUCCCAUCGAUCAAUGUGCACUCCAGUUCCCAGCCCCUCAAAUACGGCUCCAAUAGCAGUGGUGCUCUUCCGGGUUCGUUGACUCCUGGAAACCAACAUCGCCCCCAAGCUAUCUCCACCCAUACAGCUCCGUCGGGCGUCCCCACCUACUCUUCAACCCAGCAGACCGGUCAUCGCACAAGCAUGAUCAACUCACACAGCCAUUCACGCUCCAGUCCGGCUGGAUUUGACCAGUCCAUGUUUAAGCAACAGGGAACCGCUGAAGGUUCCAAGUAUCCCUCAUCUCCAGGAGGUGUAUUUUCGCCCCAAACCCCGCAAGGGUCCAAAUACUCGCCGCUGGGACUGGCCGACAUUCGGCUCUCAGGCGACCACAAUCUUGGAGAAUCGUUCAUGAGCCCAGGACUGUCUUCGUAUCAUACAGACAAUAAUGUUCCUACAAACAGCAAUUACCUUGCACCCUGGCCAAUAUAUGCUGUUGAUUGGUGCAAAUGGCCAAUUCCUGGAAACUCGAGUUCGUUCGGAGGAAAAAUGGCUGUUGGGAGCUACCUCGAAGACAACCAUAACUUUAUUCAAAUUAUCGAUACACAUUGGGCCCAGCCUGACCCAGAUACUCCUGACGCUGCGGCUGAUCAAAUCAAGCUAGAAUAUGUGAAAACUGCCGAGGCAACACACUCUUAUCCUGUCACGCGCAUCCUGUGGGAACCUCCCUCAUCUCAAAAACAGUCCACCGAUCUGCUCGCCACGUCGGGCGACCACCUUCGCUUGUGGUCCCUCCCGAAUUCACAGCCUUUACAAAGCUCGAAUUCCAUCACUCGCUCCUCCAGCCAAAGGGAGGCUCCGGCGGCCAAACUUUCACCUUUGGCCCUACUCUCAAACUCCAAGUCGCCUGAGCAUACCGCGCCAAUUACUUCGUUAGACUGGAACACAAUCUCUCCAAGUCUUAUCAUCACAUCCAGUAUUGACACAACUUGUACGAUCUGGGAUAUCCCUACAUUGACUGCCAAGACACAGCUUAUUGCCCACGACAAGGAAGUAUUUGACGUUCGCUUCUGUGCUAACAGUGUUGACGUCUUUGUCAGCUGCGGUGCUGACGGCAGUGUGCGUAUGUUCGAUCUUCGAAGCCUCGAGCAUAGUACUAUCAUAUAUGAACCUUCAGACAAGACUGAUCCAAAGCGCAGUUCAAAUACUAAACUUCUUGAAGCGGUGAUGAAUUCCGGCAAUUCCAGUCCAUCCGGCCCAUCACAGUCGGGCAUAUUCCCUCCGCCUCUACUCAGGAUCGCAGCUUCCCCCCAUGAUGCCCAUCUUCUAGCCACAUUUUCCCAGGAUUCCAGCGUUGUUCGCGUUCUUGACGUCCGGCAACCAGGUCAAGCUCUUUUAGAACUGAAGGGUCACUCGGCCGCGUUGAACUGUGUCGAAUGGUCACCAAACUGCCGCGGUGUCCUAGCAUCCGGUGGUGAUGAUAGUCUUGUUCUGAUCUGGGACUUGAUUAACCAACAUAAUGCCGCACCCGUUUCCUCAUCUGGUCAGAACCCAGCUGUCCCUGUCGCAGCCUCUGAGCGCGGCCCUGCCGCCGCUUGGCAAUGUGAUUACGAAGUUUCUAACAUUAGCUGGUCUCCUCAAGGGGGACCAAACCACUCGGGCCAUACGCGGGAAUGGUUGGGUGUCUGUGGUGGACGGGGAAUAUGGGGCGUGUCGCUAUAG